AUGAUUGAAUUUUUCGGCGAAAAUGAGCUAAUCUACGAGAAUCGUAUGAAGUUCUUCAACCAGAAUCGCACAAUUUUGGAGCAUUUCAAAUUCGAAGAUCUGAGCAGCAAAUGUGACAACAACAACAUCACAGCUCCCAGAAUCGGAGCCAAAAAAGUUCAGGAGAGGUUCAAGAGUUGCGCGCUGAUUUUGCAGACUAGAUUCUAUUUGGAUCCGGAUUCGAAACUUCUGAAUUGGCCUACUACAACUUAUGUUUGUGAUGAGGAAUUGGAUAUGAAAGAUGUGCCGGUUUUUCCGAUUCGAGCUGGCAAAAAAGAGGGCGUGGCUUAUUUUGCGAUGGUCCCGAAUUGUGUGGGUUUUUUUUGUGGGAAGCCUGGGAAGCCUGAGGAAGCCUAGACGAUUUUCAGAAGCCUGAAAAAAACCUGGGAGAUUUCUAGAAAGCCUGGAAAUUAUCUAGAAUUUUUUCUGGCAGCCCUCAAGGCUCGGCUGCUUGUCAUGAAAGCUUCCAAGGCGUGGCUGCUUCUCGAACAAGCUCUCUAGGCGCCACUGCUUGUCGCGGCUCCUUGUCUGGCUGCCUCUCAAGGCGCAGUUGCUUGCUAGACCGGUUCUCAAGGCUCGGCUGCUUCUCGAACAAGCUCUCACGGCGCCACUGCUUGUCAUAGCAGUCCUCUAGGCGUGACUGCUUGCAAGCCUGUCUCUCAAGCCGCAUCUGCUUGUCAGGGAGGCUCUCUAGGCGUGCCUGCUUGCUAGACAGGUUCUCAAGGCUCGGUUCCUUGUCAGGCUGCCUCUCAAGACAUGACUGCUUGUCAACGAGGUUCUAUAGGCGUGACUGCUUGCCGACGAGGAUAUCUGGGCUUGCUUGCUUGCUAGACAGGUUCUCAAGGCGCUGCUGCUUGUCAGCGAGGUUCUCAAGGCGCGGCCCUUUUUCAAGACAGGCCCUCAAGCCGCAUCUGCUUGUCAUAGCAUGCCCUCUAGGCGCGACUGCUUCUCGAAUAAUCUCUUAAAGCUCGCUUGCUUGCUAGACAGGUUCUCUAGGCUUGGUUGCUUGCUAGAACUGCUCUCUAGACAUGACUGCUUGUCAUAGCAACCCUCAAGGCAUCAAUGCUUGCUAGACAGGUUCUCAAGUCGCAUCUGCUUGUUAUAGCAACCCUCUAGGCGUGACUGCUUCUCGAACAAGCUCUCAAGGCGUGAAUGCUUCUCGAAUAUGCUCCCUAGGCGCCACUGCUUGUCAGAAUCGUCCUCAAGGCGCGGCCCCUUGCCACAGUGAUCUACAGAAGCCCUAAAGCCUCAAUUUUUUCAGAAAUCCGACUCCAACCUGUUCCUGACCUCAAUUCCCGAUUCAAAAAAAGCGAUCGAAGAAUUGUCCAAAAAAAUUCCAAAAUCCAAAAUUUCCGAAAUCAAAUUGAAAGAAAAUGAAACAGAUUUUGGAGGGAAUUUUGAAAAUAAUACGGUAGGAAAUUUGGCGCCAAUUUUUUUUUUCAAAAAUUCAAAUUUUUUUUUCAGAUUAUCGAUUUUCUAUUGCUCAACGGUGAUUUGGACUACAAAUCGAUAUUCAAAAAAGAUGGGAUUUUCGAUAAGUCCAAUAUUACAGUAUGCCAAAUGAACCUGCAGAUCAAAAUGUCGAAUUCGAAAAAUUUCUACGAAUUUAUCGCAAUGAUUUUUGAGGAGAAUAUCAAAUUUUUGCCAAUGAGACCGUUUUUUUGGGACAGGGAAGAGAUUACGGUCGCCUAUUUUUUCAAUGUUUCUAAUGAGUUUUGUGUGCGGAAAUAUUUGUAA